AUGUUUAAGCAAGCUACCUCUUUCAAUCACUUCGUCGGUGGUUGGACCGAGAAAGAAGGUUUAACGACUCCGCAAAUCUUUAAUGGCGCUACCGCUUUUUUGGCAAAGUAUACCUCUGCCUCGUGUGGCAUCAGCGCAAAACCGAGCGAGUGUCGCGUUCCUUUGACAGAUGCUACUUUCUCGAGUGCCAUUACAGCUUGUCUUAACGAAUCUCCCACAGCAGGAGAGUGCACAGAGUACGCAAUUUCUUCCGGGUACGGCGUGAUGCCGUAUUGGGACGUUUCGAAGGUGACUGAUAUGGAGGACGCGUUCAAGGAUAAAGGUGCCUUCAACGCGGAUCUCUCGAAGUGGGACGUUUCGAGCGUUACGGAUAUGAACAGAAUGUUUAAGAAUGCUGAAGAUUUCAAUCAAGACAUCUCGAAUUGGAACGUUGCGAGCGUUACGGAUAUGAACAGAAUGUUCUUUAAUGCUGAAGAUUUCAAUCAAGUCCUCUCGAAUUGGAACGUUGCGAGCGUUACGGAUAUGUACGGAAUGUUUGAGGAAGCUAUCGCUUUCAAUACAGGCAUCUCGGGGUGGGAUGUUUCUCAAGUCGAAACUAUGGAAGAGAUGUUUAAUGGAGCCUCGAGUUUCAAUCAAGACGUUUCGGACUGGUCAGUCAGCGUGUCUGCGACGACAACCAACAUGUUCACAGGUUCAGCUUUUGUAACCUCGAGAAGCGACCUCGCGGUGACUGUUUCCAACGACGGCGCGACGACGUCGGACGAAGAAUUCGCGCUCGGCGUUUCGGUGUCCGCAACCGCGUGCUCUUCUUCGUGUGAUUUAUCCGAAGGCGGAACGUCAACCGACGAUGUUCGCGCUGAAGGCGGCUUGUAUUGCGAUGUGACUGUGAAAACAACGGGCUCGACUUGCUCGAGUCCGACGACUUUGGGUACCGUCAUGUGCAUGAGUUGGCCCAAUUUCUACAAUCACGAUAAAGCGUCGGCGUACAAAUACGCGCUCACGACAACUAAUAGCGGUGGUAGUGUGAUUGAAGGAGAUUACACAGUCAAUUACGCGUGUGAAUGGAAAUUCAAAGGCACGAGCACAGCCCCUGGCGCUUCUAUGAAUAUCGCCACCGUUCAGGGAACGGGAGCGGCUGCGUUUAAGGUUGCUGAAGGUUGCUCGGAUACCUUACCGACUGCGCUGUCGACUAUCUCGCUUCCUGAUCUUUUCGUUCUGUCCGUUCCAGAAUUCCUGGCUGUCACGGAUAGCGACGACUGCGACAACGUCGAAACGAUCUUAGAGACUGCUUUUCGCAAGUACGACACGAGUCCCCUCGAUGGCACGCUUCAUGCGAGCGAAUGGGAAACGGCAUUUUUGCAACACGACGUCAGCACGACGUACGUGAAAUCUAAAUAUAACAGUGAUUCGUUUGAUUCGUUCACGCUGAGUCAAGUCAUCAACAGCGCGAUGCUUCCACGAGUUUGCAAGACCGGGAUUAGUAGCGCUGACGUGUAUUUCGAUUACAUCACGUAUCCAGAUAAGAAUACUGACGUGGAUUCUGGUUCUGCAGAGUUGAAUUCGUGCAACGACGCGACGGAAAAACUCACCGUCACACUUGGUUUCGGUCGUGCACCGACAGCCUCAGAUGCCGUGUGCGUGUAUUCGGACGGCUACUUGUUUAAGGAUUACGAGAGCGAGGCCUUCUCUUCUAAGACUUUUGAAGAUAAGCGCCCUUCGAUGAGAACCGGCGACGACGCCAUCGAAUUGGUUGGUCACUUUACCUUUGACGACGACAAUAUUUUUGAAGGGUACGAGACUGUCGGAUGCGAUCCGGGUGGUCAGUGUUUGAAAACAACCGCGAAUUCUGAUGGAUACACGUGGAAUGAUUCUGAUAGCAGCGCGAUCUCAAUCGGAGGCGAGAGCGCGAUUAUGACGUGGAUUCACUUCGCUUCUUCGAGAAGUGAAGACGACGUCAUUUACUACUCGGAGGUCACUCCUUCUGGCACAUCAUGCACGCGCAAAGUUUACUUUACUGUAACUAGCUCAUAUACACUUAAAGCGGGUUACGAAUGUGGAUCUACGUCAAACGAAGUUUCGUACGAUUUGACUUCAUCAAGUGAGAAAAGCCAAGGAUGGCACCACGUCGCGAUGAUUUCCGAGUACAAUAAUCUCGCCGUAUAUUUUGAUGGCGCACAAAAGGCGACGGUUGGAUCUUCGACUUGGGAUGGUCAUAAAUUGGAGCAAGAAGGACUCAACGUGGCGGGAAAAACGCUUUUCAACUCUCCGUACGUUCCGGAUUACGUCUACGAUGAUUUUCGCGCGUACACCGGUGUUCUCACCGCGCUGCACGUGCAAUCCAUCUACGAGCUCGGAAGGGAAGUCAGAUCGGCGAAUCUCGCGGAAGCGAAGCCGCAAUCGCGACGCACGUUUUGUGUCAUUGCGAAAUACGGCAGCGUUCAAAGCGCCUACACGCCGUGUGCGACUGGGUUGUUUUACAACGGCUUGGUGAUUGAUUUAUUGACGUCGAUUGAGACGACCGGUGUCGUCUUCCAGUUCAGAGACACGGCUCUCGACGAGAUUGGCUACGAAGUUCUCCGUCGCGAGAGCGGAUCGACGUCGAGCUACGACGUCGUUCUUUUCAUCGAUAGCGGCAUGAGUGGAUGCUCGUACACGUACAACAUGCUUUCUUUCUACGACGCCGACGCGGCAAAAGAGCCCGGGGUGACGUGGGAAUACGCUAUUCGAACGAAGUACGACGCUUCGACACAUUCGGAUGUCAUUUCAGACGCCUACACGUACGUCGUGCCUUGGUACGGCACCGUGGAUGGCACUGUUGUCGCUGGAGAUACAGAAGUUCCCGUGGCCGACGUGCGCGUGUGCGCGCGACUGGAUUCAAGCACGACGUCUGCUACCGAUCUUCUCGAGCUCGGUAGUAAAGUACCUUCAAGCGAGAGCUCACACAUGGCAAAAAACCGGUACGUGACGCAUUCCGCCGAGACGCUGAGUGCGUUUGAGGCUACUGAUUUCGAUGCGAGCACAUCCGUGUCUUUGAAUCACGGCGAGCACCUUAACGUAAAUCUGGACGUGUUUGCUUCAGUUACUGAGAUUAAAUUGAGUUUUUGGACUACGUCAACGCCGCUCUCGAGCUCGAUUGUUGCUCGUGUGCUCGACUUUGACGAUCCAGACGACAACGGAGAUCGUGGGCUACGAUGUAUUUCCUCGUCGCUUACGUCUCUCGGAGCGACCGAAAAUUUUGAAAUCGACGAAGAUGGGUAUAUCCUCGUCUUCAGACACGACAGUUCCACCGGUGAAUACUUUUCAAAUGCGAACUCUUGGGCCGAAGCCAAACGCACCGGCGAUUCUUCUGCAGAUCACAAGUAUUCUCGUCUCGACGAAGUAGAAGCGUACGGUAAAUCCGACGACGGUUAUUACGAAUUCAAGAUCGUAUAUCCGUCAAUCAGCGGAGGGACGAAUAUCUGGACGCAAACGUCCAAUCCGGUCACUGCAACGAGUCAAGGAGUUAAUGGAUACGAAGAUACGUCGAUUGGAGCGCCGGGUAGUUGGGGUUUCCGCGGCUUGGAGUAUAACAACGGAGGUUCAAGCUUUCUCGAUGGUUCUAUCGAUAGUGGCAGUUGGUGGUUUUCCAUUGGAGCGAAACAAGCACAUAGUGGCGGUAUUCCGGGACCAACGGGUACGGUAGUGUCCGAGGUGAAGCUUUACGUGAAAGCACACCACUCUCCCACCCCAAAUUACGAACAAACGUACUCGUGCGUAGGUACGCACGUGACGGCGUUUCCAGGUCAACACGUGACAAUUCUGAACGAUUUGGGCAGCAGCGUCUCGAUUUUCGAAAUCGAAGUCACCGGUGACGAGUUGGCGUGUCCGUACUACGGCUUUAGCGACGACGACGGGAAUUUCGAGAUUGAGAUACACGAAGCGACCGGAGUUUCGCAAAAGAAGACAAAAGUCGCGGUUCGCGCUUUCAAAACGGACGUGUUUGACCCAGAAGACGUGUCUGUGUUCACGCCGAUGAAAGAAGGAAGUGACAAUUUAAUCACGAUAAAAUCGCCCGAAGCGGUUUUGAUCGCGCUCGAAUACGAUGAUACUACUGAUUCAAGUGGCUCGUCGUCUUCUUCCACACCCGCUGCGUCAUUUUCUGCGCUUGGAAACUCUCAGAGUGCGAAAUCAUUUUCUAAAAAUGCCGAACAUUCAGGUCAAGUCAAAAACGAAAAUGUUGCGUCUCUCGGAGCGACCGAAAAUUUUGAAAUCGACGAAGAUGGGUAUAUCCUCGUCUUCAGACACGACAGUUCCAACGGUGACUACUUUUCAAAUGCGGACUCUUGGGCCGAAGCCAAACACACCGGCGAUUCUUCUGCAGAUUACAAGUAUUCUCGUCUCGACGAAGUAGAAGCGUACGGUAAAUCCGACGACGGUUAUUACGAAUUCAAGAUCGUAUAUCCGUCAAUCAGCGGAGGGACGAAUAUCUGGACGCAAACGUCCAAUCCGGUCACUGCAACGAGUCGAGGAGUUAAUGGAUACGAAGGUACGUCGAUUGGAGCGCCGGGUAGUUGGGGUUUCCGCGGCUUGGAGUAUAACAACGGAGGUUCAAGCUUUCUCGAUGGUUCUAUCGAUAGUGGCAGUUGGUGGUUUUCCAUUGGAGCGAAACAAGCACAUAGUGGCGGUAUUCCGGGACCAACGGAUACGGUAGUGUCCGAGGUGAAGCUUUACGUGAAAGCACACCUGAGCCCUCCUACACCCCCUCCUUCACCAUCGCCUCCACCAAUAUUUUUGACGAAUAUGCUCGAGGAUACGGGUGCGACGAUUUACGCGAGCGACGCAGUCGCCGGCGAUAAUUUUGGGAGAGGUGUAUCGCUUUACGGCGAUACUGCGUUAAUUGGAGCUUGGAAAGAUGACGACCAAGGUGGUGGAAGUGGUUCGGUGUAUGUGUUUACGCGAUCGGGUGGAACGUGGAACGAAGAAACGAAAAUAUAUCCAUUGGAUCCGUCUGCAUCGAAGUAUUUCGGAACUUCCGUUUCGUUAUAUGUCGACACAGCUCUGAUUGGAAGGUCGUACGAUAAUGCUAAGGGUACCGAAGCCGGCGCGGUGUACGUCUUUACAAAAGUCAGUUCGACAUCUUGGACGCAAGAGACGAAAUUGUACGCGUCGGACGCAGCUACCUACGACCAUUUCGGUACGUCAGUCUCACUUCAUAAAGACACGGCGUUGAUUGGAGCGCUAUCGGACGAUGAUAAAGGCACCAACGCAGGAUCCGUUUACGUCUUUUCUCGAACGACGACGACGUGGACGCAACAGACAAAACUGUACGCGUCCAACCCAUCCACGUCUUCUUGGGGUAACUUUGGCAAUAGCGUUUCUUUGCACGGAGAUACCGCAAUGGUGGGGAGUUAUGAGGAUGAUCCAGAGUUGAAUGCAGGUGCAGUAUACGUGUUCGCGCGAUCACUCGCAUCGGACGGAGUUACCGUUUCUUGGACUGAAGAGACGAAGCUUUACGCUUCAGACGGGGCGACUGGUAACCAAUUCGGCAAGGCGAUAUCGUUACACGGCGAUACCGCUCUCAUUACUGUUAAUACCGGUGCGGUGUACAUUUUUACGCGAUCAUAUGGAUCGGAUGGAAUCAACACUGUUUCUUGGAAUGAAGAGACGAAGAUUGACGCGUCCGCUAAUGACGAUACCGGUACUUCGGUAUCGUUAUACGGCGAUACCGCUCUUAUUGGAGCUACUUCGAAUGACGAUAAAGCGACCAAUGCGGGCAAAGUGUACGUAUUCCGCUCACCGAGUCCUCCUCCGAGUCCUCCUCCGAGUCCGCCUCCGAGUCCGCCUCCGCCACCAUCGCCGCCGCCGAGUCCACCACCGGCGGAAUUCGUGGACGCCAACGACGACAAGAGCUCACACGUAUCCAAGGAAGAAUUUAUCGCGUACGCUCAAACGAGGAUGGAAUAUUCAGACGCAUUCGUUAUUCUCCCUGACGACGUUUGGAAUUCAUUCGACGAGGACGGCGACGACAGUCUUUCCGUGACUGAAUUCAUGAGCGCGGUUUCGGCGUUUGAUGACGGUAAAAUUGAAGGCACGCCGUGGUUGGUGUAUUCGCUUCAAGAAACUGAAUACUUGACGGAUUUUUAUGUGAACGAUGAGUCAUCGAGUUCGAGUAAUGACGAGUAUCCCGCCAUCGCGCUCGCUCCGAACGCGGACACCACCAUGCCAAUAACAAAUACCGCGUGGCAAACUUGGUACGAAGAUGUGAUGACGAAUUCUUCUUUUUCCUUCGCUUCUCCGAGUAAUUACACAGAAAGCGGCGGACCGGUAACCAUGGGUGUCACCGAUGCUCCCGAAACGGCAUCUGCUUUCAUUCCUCUCGUCGCGCGAACCUCUGCAAACGCGGUGCAAAUCGUGUUCAAUAAAGACGCAGAAUCUACAAAAACGUCCGGAUUCGAUGCUCUUCUUUCGACGUAUUUUCCGUCGUCGUCGGCUAAUCUGACUGUCCGCGCGACUGAACAAAUCGACGACGUCGUGCACGUUUUUGAAGUUACCGACCAAGGUAACGAUACUCCACAAUCCGAAAAGAAAUACCCCAUCAAACACCUCGGUAGCGCCGGCGAUGAAAUCAAAGAUAACACCGUCGUGACAAUUUCCGGAAUCGUUCGUUUUCCUGGAAGCAGAACGCAAGAUGUCGUCUGCGGUCUUCCAUUCGCCACCAUCAAGGCGUACAAAAAAAUUUGCUCGUUGAAAGGAGAGUGCGAUUACGAGGAAGCCACGGAGUACACGGCGGACUCGCUCGGUUACUUUCAAGUUUCGGUGACACCUGGCGAGUCUGUUUUAUUCGCCGCGAGUUAUGACACGCACGAUCUUUGCUACGCCGGAACUUCGUUAGAAGACGAGUGCGACGAGACCGGAGACGCUCUCACGUUGAGUCUGACGAGCUCCACCACGGAAGAUGUGAGCGCGUACGUCGAGCUCGAUGCAAUCGUCGGCGGAGAAUACAUGGUGUUUUAUGAUUUCACCGCGCGCACGGUCGACGUGGGUUUAUACGCCGGCGCGUGUGGCACAUCGUAUUCAAAUUACGAGAUGUUGAUUACGCCCGCGAACGGGUGCGGCGCGGCUGUCACGGUCUCUCACACGGAUAUCAACGGAUGGACGAGAGAAGACGCGAGCGAUUCGACGCCAAACGUGAGGUAUUGGCCGUACGCGGCGAUGGAUUAUUACAUUCAACUCGACGAUGCUCCGACUCUCGAGGAUACGAAAUUGAACGGCAAGGAAGGUGCGACGUGCACCGCUUCAGGCUCGGAUAUUCUGUCGUAUUUCCGCGACAGAGAUUUGCUCGUGCGCACGCUCGGAUUCCUCGUCAGCGCAUACGAAACGGCCGCGUAUGAAUUUCACGGCAUGCUGUGCGCUCUUCCCACAAUUAGUGAUUCUGCGGAUGAUUUUACUUCAUCGAAUACGUUCGCCUCUAUUGCGGAUGGCGAAACGUGCGUGAAUGAUGACAGCGAUGACGCUGCCUCAAAGUUGGAAUCAUACCAUCUCAUAGGUUCAUCAACUUCAUCCUCAGGUAUUUCGGGAAAAAAAUACGUCAAGUUGGAAAUAUUUGAGGCUCAUUCCACGGAUACCAACACGAUCGAGUACUGCUCGACGUUUUCGUCAACCUCAAACGCCGACUUGAGCGUUUCGAUUCAAGUCACGAAUGACGUGCUCACCGAAGAUCCGUGCCACUCGACGAAAGUUGCCGGCUCGGAGUGUUACCUCGACACCGUCGACGCCGAUACUGGCUACGUUCAAUUUGGUGAGGGCACUCCUUCUACUUGUUCUUAUAAAAGCAAGCAAUUGUUAAAAAAACUCUCUGAUAAUCCGGCCUACUGCGUCGGCGACGGGUCUUUGUCGAACGAGAUGACGUAUACGAGUGAUGCGAGCGAAUGUAAAGACGUUUGCACGUCCUGCGACGAUUGCGAAGCGUACGGCGUGAAAAGCAGCGACAAAACGUGCAGAUUCUUUACAUCGACGGGUUCAUCCGAAUGGAAUUGGAACUGGUACUAUCGCGAGAAGAAGACGUGUACCAGUAGUACGGAUGCUACCAUGUAUUACGAAAUAACGUCGGAGGAUGCUAAACCAAAUCUCAUCUCGCCGUAUCGACGCACCGUCGCGUUCAAAGUCGUUCGCGACGACGGCUGGUCGACCACGACGACUUCCGUCGACCGCGAACUCGUGACUUUACGCUCAAAAGUCCGGGGCGAAAGUUCGGAGUACGCGAGCAGAUACGUCAGCCAGACGACGUUCUUCGCGACGGCGCCAAUCAGAGGUCUCGUCUAUUCAGUCGUGCACGAUCCGCCUGGCGGUAACUCGUACGCAUCCAUCGCAAAGGGAACCGCGGUAAACACGGUAGUCGAGCUCAACAAGGCGUACAGCGGCAGCGUCGGGGAAGGUUGGUCGACUAACGGCGGUUGGGGUGCGAGUAUGGAUGUAAAAACGAACAGUGAAGCUAUGAUCUCUGGUUUCGGACCAAUUAUUGGCGGAGCCAUCGAAAUUGAUACUGGAAACACGGGGGGGGGGGGGACGAGACGGUUGUUGAGUUUAGGUGCUGUUCGUGCAGCAAGUACUUUAAAAGCACGUGCUCGUGCAGCAGGUGCGCGAAAUGGGGAAGAAGGAGGAACAGGAGCAGUUAAAGCAAGUUCAAGAGAAACGACCAUAGGAUUCAGCGCAGGUCUCGAGGGCGGAGAUGAAGAGAGCGGACCGAGCGUCUCCGUGUCGACGUCGACGGGAGACGGAUGGAGUCUCGAUAUGACUUUGGAUAGGAAUAUGGAAUCUUCGCAAGAUCCCGGCAUACCGGGACGCCCGGGAGAUGUCAUUCUUGGCGGAGGUUUUGAAAUCGUGUACGUGCGCACGGACACGCUCGAUCUUAACAUUACAUCAUGCCUAACAAUUCUCGAACAAAUCACUUGGUUUCCGAGGCAACCGACGAGUUACUUCGUCAACGUGUUUACGGUUGAAGACAAAAUCAUACCCGAGCUACAAGAUUUGAAAGAGACGCUCGGUGACACUUCGACUACUGUUGAUGAGGUAUGGCCCCCUUACCCACCUCCAUCAUCUCCAUCACCUCCUUCCCCCUUAGAUGCAAGCGACGCAGUAGAUAUCGAACUAGCUAGUCAAGGGUUUUCCGAUCCCGCAAUCAAAGAGAUUUGGAUCCACCGCUUGAGCACCGCGAUCGAGGAUUGGGAAAACACGCUCGCGUGGGCUUCUCCAGACUUCAAUCCCGCGAGCGCGACGGAUGAGGCAUUGAAAGCGACCGCGUACGAUGACGCGGAGACUGAGUUGCAAUCUUCGCCCUACAUGCCGUUGACGUCUACUGAAAGCGUGUUCAGUAAAGCUUUUACUGGUCAAGAUACGCAGAUCGAUCCGGACGAGUUUGAUACCGAUUUUAAAGACAACGCUUGGGGAGAUGAUUUAGAGACGGAGUGGAACGAGCUCCCAAAUAAACUGUCCGGUUAUGGCAUGCUCCAUGAUUUCGCGGACGACCACAGCAUUUUUCAUCACGAUGAUGAAAGGGGAAAGUUUGAAAAAUUAGUUGAUAUAUCGUUACCUGCAUCCAAGGACUGGCUCUCGUCUACGAAACCACUGUACGACGAUACGUUUUCGGGAACGAAAGCAACCGUACUCAAGUCGGCGAGCGAAGAAAACACAAUAUUCAGCCGGGGUAUGAGCGCUGAAGCGACGAGUGCAGCCACAGCAGCCGAUGCGAUCUUCGGAAUUGACUCCAAUGACCCUAAUUACGGUACGACUGAGCUCUUGGACGCUUCUGUCUACGGACAUCCAGGAAGAUUCAAGUUUGAUUCAGAUUCAGAAUCCUUUACUGCAACCGAUGGGACGACGGAGUAUACCGAUCCGUUUGGUACUCCAAAUUUUGGAACAAGUGAUAUCGAGUCGGAUAUCCGUCUCACGUUCACCGGAGGUGGACACGCGCUCGAAUUUUCGACUUCAAUUUCGCAAGAAAUCGACGGCGCCUCCUGGGGUUGGGCUUUGAGUGUUUCGGACGAGAAAUCGCACUCUACCAGCGCCAGUGUUGGCAUUGCCGCGUUCAGCAUAGGUGCAGGAAAUAGCGUGUCCCAGGGCGAAGGUAUUGAUAUAGAUCGCUUGUUUGCGUGGAAUAAAUUCGGCGUCAUGGAGACGAGUUACUCGCUCGGCGACCCAGAUCACGGCGAUAAGUUCGUGGUGCAAGUCAAACACGACAAUCGGUUCGGUACGCCAAUCUUUCAAACCAUCGGCGGCUCCACGAAGUGUCCGGGAGAGCCGAACACCAUGUGGAGAGAAAAUGGAGUAUCGAUAGUAAACGUCAUGGCUGCUUCGGGUGUGGAUGCCUCGCACAUUCCACCGCAUUCCGAUGCACUUUUUGACAUCGUCAUUGAAAACCAAACGCCGUACCGAGAGAGUGCGGCGUUUGGUUUAAUCGUCGUCGCCGACGACGCGUAUUCCGGGGACGUCGGCGGGAACGCGAAUGAUUUGACUUUUAAAGUGAACGGGAACACUCUGCCUGCGUUUGGCGGUAUGUACGCCCUGAAUGAUAUUCCAUCCGUCGACGACAGCGACGCGCUGGUGCACUCCGUGAUGACUCUUCGCGUGACGAAAGGCGCGGAUUCGCAUUCCUACUCUCACCUGAGUGUAGAGCUCGUCAGCGAGUGCGAAUUUAAUAUCGGUUCGCUCUAUCGCGAUCCCAUCAGCUCGACGGCAGCCUUGGAUGGUACCGGUACCAUAACGUGGGAGCGCGUGUGUCCUCCGGUGACUUGGACGAAAACCACGUGGGACAACUACGCGGAACACACAGUCUCCUCGACAUCGUCGGAAUACUUCAACGUGACGGUGACGAACCCGGACCCGAUGAACUUGUGGACGGCUGAUGAAAUCGCCGGCGACACGUCCGGAACGAAUCAUUUGGUACAUCCUAACGUCGAUCUCGUGAGAAUCCAGUUUCGUCGACCGGGCGUUGGCGAGUGGAUCAACGCUUGGGAACCGGGAACGUGGAAUGAAGAGGAUUCAGGGGAGACAGACGAGGAUGACAAACCCAUAAUCAUCAAGUUUUGGACCGCGUUUAAUCCUGACUCGGAUGUUUUGGAAAAACCGAGCGAUAUCUUUGAUUACGUCAUUAAAGACGUCGAUCUCGUCUCGUGCUCGACGUCUCGCGGAGCCGGGUGUUCGCAAAAGUGGAACUUGAAUCGUCAGUACUUUUUGAACGGCUUGAAAGAAGGCUCUUGGGAAAUCAGAGCGAAGGUGUUUUGCUCCGGGUACGAUGCCUUCGCCACGUCUGAAGUGAGAGGGUCGGUGACGGACGAUAAUUUGAAUCUCAUCGCAGACACGAAAGCACCACGACCGACUGCCAGAGAAGUAUACGAGAACAUGGUUUUCGUUGACUUUUCCGAGCCGAUAACCUGCCCGUUGUUAUCGAGCUCGGACAUGGCAUACUCCGUGACGAGAACGAACGAUUGCGACGGGAACGCCGUGGACUCUAACGAAGCCAUAAACGCGGUCAGCGACAACUAUUUGGUAUCCCAUUACGAUUUUGAAUGUCUCACGCAAGAUGCCAACGGUCGAAACGCUUGGAUGAUGACCGUACCAAUCUCAUCGAACGCGUUGGCUGGUAAAUACACCGUGACGAUAAAAAGUGGUCACGUGACCGACGACGGAAUGAACGCGGCAUCCGAGCACACGUUCACGGAGGAAAUAAUGUGCGACUCGUCGAGCGCGAGCGCAGCGUUAUUGGGAAGCACAACAACAAAGAAAGUAUCCGAUGUAAAUGCGAGCUCAAGUAAACUUGGCAGCGCUCAUUUUCCGUUGAAACGCUUUGGGAACAUCCCGAUGAGCGCUUACGCCGCCGCAUUUUUGGCAACGCUUUUGUGCGGCGCCGCGAUGGUAUUCAAGAAAGCGACGAAAGGCAACGAAAACGAUUCGGCGAAGGAAAGCGCCGGAUUCGCUGAACUCGAAGUUUUAGAGCCUCUCGGUUCGGCGGAAUAUCCGCGAAACGAUUACGGCACAUCCGGAGAAGGAGUGUUGUGA